CAGCCACUGCCGCCGGCGCCGCUCCUCCUCCGUGUCAGUUGUUGGGCUGUAAUGGCGACUGGGCCGCCCCUGCCAAAGUGACUCCCAGGCGGGGGAGCCGGGCCAGACCUGCGCCAGAGGGAACUGCAGAGAGCCGCGGCUCAGGGGUUGGCUUGCUGCGGGGGAGGGGAGGCAGCCUCUCCGCCUCUUCUUCCUUCCCGGCAGCCCGGAGGAUCCCCGGAGCCGGUGCGAGGCGGGCACCCGGUGCGUCCCCGGAGCGGGGAGGCCAGGCGGGGCAGCCCUGGGGCCGGUCGGGGCGGCGUCACCGCACCCUCCGCCAGGCCCCGCGGGAUGCGCCGUGGGAGCCGAGGGCGGAGGCCACACUCUCAGGUAAAUAGGCAGGAUGAGGAGCAGCAAAUCAAAAGAGGUGGUGCCUUUACCAAAUCCAAGGAACUCUCAAAGCAAGGAUACUGUUCAAGAUAUAACCACAUCGUGGGAUGCACUUUCUCAGACCAAGGCUGCUUUGAGACACAUUGAAAACAAGUUAGAAGUAGCCCCUACAAGUACUGCUGUGUUUGAUUCCGUCAUGGAUGCCAAGAAAUCUUCUGCAAGUGCUACCCGAAAAAUAAGUAGGAAAGAUGGUAGAUACAUGGAUGAUUCUUGGGUUAACGCUCCAACCUCCAAAUCCUCUAAAUCACGAAAAGAGAAAUCUCGUAGUCCUCUUAGAGCUACCACCCUGGAAAGUAAUGUGAAGAAAAAUAAUCGUGUGGAAUUUUGUGAACCUUUGGUUUCUUACAGGGAUAUCCAUGGUGCACCUUCCAAUUUAAGUCCCGGCCAUCUGGAGUCAAAGCACAUAUAUUGUGUUGAUGUUAAUGAAGAAAAGGCUGAGAGUGGGAACCGGAUCACAGGCAAUCGAGAAGAACGGAACAUACAUAGCUGUGAUUUUGAGAGCUCCCAAUCAUCAGUGAUUAAUGAUACAGUUGUUAGAUUUUUAAAUGAUCGACCAGCAAUUGAUGCAUUGCAAAAUUCUGAAUGUUUGAUUAAGAUGGGCGCUCCUACGAGAACUGAAGAAGAAAUGCCUAACAGGGCCAAAGGAAAUACGAACAGUCUGAAGCCUUCUGUGAAUAACAUGGGCCACGACGUUGAUCCAAAGGUGUUACGGCCGGCUGACUCUUCUCCAUCCUCUGCUAGUACUUGCAGUUCCCAAAGAUUGGAUAUUCUAAAGCGGCGACAACAUGAUAUCAAACUGGAAAAACUCAAGGAGCGGAUUAGGAAACAAUGGGAACACUCAGAAGAAACAAAUGGCCGGGGCCAGAAUUUGGGUCAUAUUGACCAUCCAGUAAUGGUUGUUAAUGUUGAUAACUCAGUAACCGCAAAAGUCAGAAAAGUGGCAACAGCACCACCUGCUCCGACAUACAAAGGUUUCAACCCUUCAGAGACCAAGAUUCGAACACCUGACGGGAAAGUGUGGCAGGAGGCUGAGUUUCAAAACAUGAGUAGAGAACUGUAUCGAGAUUUAGCACUUCACUUUGCAGAUGAUAUCUCCAUAAAACAGAAACCUGCUGAAAAAAGUAAAGAGAAGAAAGUGGUCAAGCCAGUACGAAAAGUCCAAAAAGUAACACAGUUAUCAAGUCCAGAAUGCAAAACAGGUGGUAGUCAUCUGAUAAGUACAUCUUCUUGGCGAGAUGGACAGAAGUUAGUAAAGAAGAUUCUGGGUCCUGCAUCCAGAGUGGAGCAAAAAGAGCGAAGAACAACAUCAGGUGACAGGGGUGGAAGAGAAAGAACUGCUAAAUCUGGGGGUCAUAUCGGAAGAGCAGAAUCCGAUACCAGGUUGGAUGUUUUACAUAGACAUCUUCCACGAAGCUCAGAACGUUCGAAAAGCAGAGCUCCGUCUGAAAAUAAUAUAAAAAAAUUAGCUCCAUCUCCUCCAGAUAAUAAACAGGAGGAAAAUACUGCCUUAAAUAAGGACUUCUUGCCUGUUGAAAUUCGUGGCAUUCUUGAUGACCUACAGCUGGAUUCUACUGCUCAGGCUGCAAGGCAAGAGACUGGAGAGUUACAGAAUCAAAAGUCAUCAGCACCAGUACAAGCUCCUAGGAGUCAUAGCCCAGUGAAAAGAAAACCUGACAAAAUAACAGCCAAUGAAGAUCCCCCUGUUACUUCCAAAAAGCGCCACUAUGACACAGAUGAGGUGCGACAGUACAUUGUUAGGCAGCAGGAGGAAAGGAAGAGGAAGCAAAAUGAAGAGAAGAAGGCUCAAAAAGAGGCUACUGAACAGAAGAACAAACGAUUACAAGAGCUCUACCGGAAACAGAAAGAAGCUUUUACUAAAGUAAAAAAUAUGCCUCCUUCUGAACCAUCAGGAACUAGACGACUUCAGGAAACUUACUCCAAGUUGCUGCUUGAAAAGACCUUGCUUGAAGAGCCAUCUCAUCAACAUGCUAUCCAGGAAACACAGGCCAGACCAGGGUAUCAGCCGUCUGGAGAAUCUGAUAAAGAGAACAAAGUGCAGGAACGUCCCCCAAGUGCGUCUUCCAGUAGUGACAUGUCUCUCUCAGAACCGCCACAGCCUCUUGCAAGAAGGGACUUGAUAGAACCCACAUGGAUGCAUCCUGACAGAUUGAGCCCACGAGUUCACCGUUCCCAACCACAGCCUCUGGUUGGAACAGCUGGAAGUUUACUCUCCCACCUCUUGAGUCUAGAGCACGUAGGAAUGUUGCCUAAGGAUGUUGAGUCUAUUUUACCGACUAGGAAGAAUCAUAAUGUGGCUUCAGGGCCAUUAACUUUUACACCUCAACCGUAUCUGACCUCACCAGCUGCUCAUCCAGAUGCCUUGUUAAAGCCUAGUGCCAGCCAGUAUAAGAGUAAACUGGAUCGUAUUGAAGCCUUGAAAGCAACAGCUGUGUCCUUGUCUAGCAGAAUUGAAAGUGAAGCCAAGAAGUUAGCUGGGGCCAACAUUAACUACGGGUCAGCCUGGAGCUCUGAGUACGAUGUGCAGAAAGCACCUCAAGAAGACGGACCUUGGACCAAGGCUAUAAGUCCACCUGUGAAAGAUGAUGCUGAAGAUGUUUUCUCUGCCCGAAUUCAGAAGAUGCUGGGAACCUGUGUAUCUCACGCAACUUUUGAUGAUGAUCUCCCUGGUGUAGGCAACCUUAGUGAAUUUAAAAAGCUUCCUGAGAUAAUAAGACCUCAGAGUGCCAUAUCAAGCUUUAGAAUGAGAUCCCCUGGUCCCAAACCAGAAGGUCUGCUGGCACAGUUGUGUAAGAGGCAGACUGACUCUUCUAGCUCUGAUGUGCCAGCCUGUUCUCAAGACAAAGCCAAAGUGUCACUUGGUUCCAGCAUAGAUUCAGUCAGUGAAGGGCCUCUGCUCAGUGAGGGGAGUCUCUCUGGAGAAGAGGGAGUCCAGGAUGGACGGCCCCUUUUGAAGAUAGCAGAAAUUUUAAAAGAAAAGGAAUUUUGUUCUGGAGAAAGAAAUACUUAUGAACCCCUCAAAGAGUUUCAGAAGGAAGCUGAAAAAUUCUUGCCACUUUUUGGGCACAUAGGUGGUACACAAAGCAAAGGACCAUGGGAAGAAUUGGCAAAGGGAAGUCCACAUAGUGUCAUUAAUAUUUUUACAAAAUCAUAUCAGUUAUAUGGAAAAGGGUUUGAAGACCAGUUGGACAGAGGAAUAUCAGCAUCACGGCCUUUGAAUGCCACCACAACCCCUCUAAGCAGUGUUUCCUAUGAAGAUGAUUUUGUCUCCUCUCCAGGGAGUGGGACUUUGACAGAAAAAAAAUCAACUCUUGAACCUCAUUCCUCUGCGGAUGUUACUUCCCAGCAUUCGUCGGGAGCCCAUUCUGCUGCAUCGUCUCGUUCAUCCAGUUCUUCCAAAGGAAGGAAAGGGAAAAAGGAAAAGACAGAAUGGUUGGAUUCAUUCACUGGAAAUGUUCAGAACUCACUUCUUGAUGAGGAAAAAGUACAGUUUGUCUCAGAACGUGGCUCCCAUCAAGGAAGGAAAUCUGGUACCAGUAGCAAAAUUUCUGUUAAGGAUUAUGAGCAGACUCUUGACACGGAUAGCACUUUGGAGGAUCUUUCUAGUCAUUCUAUGAGUGUCUCAUCAGACAGGGGAAGAUCUCAGAAAACUCCAACUUCUCCCCUAUCUCCAAGUUCCCACAAACUGUUGCAGUUUGACCUUCCAGGAACUUCGUUAGAAAGAUCUAAGUCCUCAGCAGUGCCUGCAAUGACAACAGCGUUUAAGCCUAACGCAGCUUUCGCUGAUUUGAACCUGGCUGCCAACAGAACAGCUUCAGAGAUGGCUUCAACACCAGGUUCUAAGCGCUUUUCUCCUGCUGGCCUCCAGCAUCGCAUGGCGGCAGAGCUCAGCUACCUGAAUGCCGUCGAGGAGUCGGUGCUCCAGCUGUCGGAUGUGGAAAGAGUCAGGGGCGUCUCGCUGGCUCAGCAGGAGAGUGUGUCUCUGGCUCAGAUCAUAAAGGUCCAUGCAGAAUCCUUACAGCAGGUGGUUAAAUCCCAACGGGAAGUCACUGAAGUCUUACAGGAAGCAACCUGUAAAAUAGCCGCUCAGCAAACAGAGACUGCUCGCCUCACCACAGACGCAGCUCGCCAGAUCUGUGAGAUGGCAGAGUUGACUCGAACUCAUAUCUCAGAUGCUAUAACUGCUUCAGGAGCUCCCCUAGCAGCACUGUAUGACCACCAGCGGCAGCACUUUCCAGACUUCAUGAAACAACUGAUUAUGAUUCUUAUUUUGGUGAUUUUUUAUUUGUUUAUAAACAGAAGUAGUAGUGGUAGCAGCCAUCAAGAAAGUCCUUCAGUCCCAUCUCAUAAGGAAAAUGAAAAGAAACUUCAUGGUGACAAGAUGGAGAGUUCCGUUGAUGAACAGGUUCAGACUGCCGCAGAUGAAUCUCUUCGAAGUGAUAGUGUUCCGUCUCUUCCCGAUGAGAAAGAUUCAACUUCUAUUGCAACAGAAUAUUCCCUGAAAUUUGAUGAAUCCAUGACAGAAGACGAAAUAGAAGAAAAAUCAUUUCGAUCUUUACUACCUUCUGAGAGUCAUCGCAGGUUUAACAUGGAAAAGAAAAGAGGCCAUCAUGACGACUCUGAUGAAGAAGCUUCCCCAGAAAAGAGCACGAUGUCUUCUGCCAAGGAGCUGAGCAUGCCAUUCUCAGGAGGACAAGACAGCUUUUCUAAGUUUACCAUGGAGAUGGUUCGACAGUAUAUGAAAGAAGAGGAGAUGAGGGCAGCUCACCAGUCUUCCCUCCUGCGUCUCCGUGAAAAGGCCUUGAAGGAGAAAACUAAGGCCGAGUUAGCCUGGCUGGAGCAUCAGAAAAAACAUCUACGAGACAAAGGAGAAGAUGAUAAAAUGCCCCCACUCCGGAAGAAACAGCGUGGUUUGCUCUUAAGGUUGCAGCAAGAAAAGGCAGAAAUAAAACGUCUUCAAGAAGCCAACAAGGCAGCUCGGAAGGAAAGACAACUGAUUCUUAAACAGCAAGAGGAGAUAGAAAGGAUCCGACAGACCACCAUAAAACUGCAGGAGAAGUUGAAGUCUGCAGGGGAGAAUAAACUGGACUCUCAUAGUGAUGAUGAUACAAAGGAUAAUAAGGCAACUAGUCCUGGUCCAACUGACUUGGAGACCCGUAGUCCUUCUCCCAUUUCAAUUUCCAGCAGUGAAACUAGCAGUAUUAUGCAGAAACUGAAGAAAAUGAGAAGCCGGAUGGAUGAAAAGUUUCUGACAAAGCGAGAGCAGAAACUAAUGCAACGGCGACAACACGCAGAGGAGCUCCUAGAAUGGAAGCGACGUUUAGAUGCAGAAGAAGCAGAAAUUCGUCAGAUGGAAAAACAAGCUUUGGCUGCCUGGGACAAAGAAUUAAUAAAACCCAAAACUCCUAAGAAAGACCUGGAGGACCAGAGAACAGAACAGAAAGAAAUAGCAAGUGAAGAGGAAUCUUCAAUACCUUUCUACUCUCAUCUAAACAGCGAAAGCUCCAUCCCCGAAGACCUGGGCAGUCCUGCCGUUGAAUACGCACCAUCUGGAUCCGUGGCGCAGGAGCAGCCGGGGAGUCCAGACCACAGCGUACUUACCAAAGACAUGGUUUUUUCACAGGAACUGGAAUCUUCUACCUCUCCUAGUAAACAUUCACCUCCCAAAAGCUGCACAUCUGUGUCAAAGCAGGAGUCUGGCAAAGGAAGUCGUAGGACUGGAGGACAAUGUCGUCUGCCUUUCAGGUCCCAUCAACACUGUAAUAGUUGGUCAGAUGAGUCGUUGUCUAUGACACAGUCAGAAACUACAUCUGACCAGAGUGACAUUGAAGGUAGGAUUAGAGCUCUGAAGGAUGAGCUGCGGAAGAGAAAAUCUGUGGUGGACCAGUUGAAGAAGGAACAGAAAAAAAGACAAAAGGAGAGACUGAAAGCCCAAGAAGCCAGUCUGAUCAAACAAUUAGAGUCAUAUGAUAAAUUCAUUAAGAAAACUGAAGCCGAGCUUAGCCGAGAUUUGGAAACAUCACCAACAGCCAAGCCUCAGAUUAAAACAUUCUCUUCAGCUUCUGAAAAACCCAAGAUCAAGCCCCUUCCACUACACAGAUCUGAAACGGCCAAGAAUUGGAAAUCAGUAGCAGAGUCGGAACGUUCCAGAGGCUCCCUGGAGUCUAUUGCUGAAUAUGUUGAUGCUUCAUUGUCAGGUUCUGAGAAAUCAGUAUCAGAAAGAUCUUUACCUGCGUAUGCAAAGAAAGUGAUUGAAUGGGAUAGUCAAACCGAAGAUUUUCAGAUCCCAUCUCCAAUUGUCAGAGCAUCAAGGAAAACCAGGGCAGAAGCUGGAGAUUCUCUAGAAAAUGUACUUCCAUUACCUCUUCUCAGAGAAUUAAAUGUCUCUAAUAGAAUUCUUGAGGUUUCUGAAGCCAAGGUUGAAGAAUCUAUUGAAAAAUCAGAAAUACAAGAAGUAGAAAAUGCAAAAUUAGAGGAGAGUGAGAUUGAAGAUGUUUGUUCUAAACAGAGGAAAUCUGAUGUCUUACUGAAACUAGACCUGGAACAGGGAGAUUCAUCCGAAAUUCUUUCAAAGAAAGAUCUUCCCUUAGAGUCUGUAAAUGUUCAGAAAGACUUAGUUAGAGUAACCAUUGAAAACUGUCAUAAAAAAGAGGAAAUGUUGAAAGAGAGACUGUCAGAUCAAGAUAUGGAUCAUAGUCCAAACAUCCAAUCAGGAAAAGACAUUGAUGAGCAAAAGAACAAAAAGGAAGGGGACUUGUCUUGGUCAAAACAUCUUUUUGCUUCUAAAGAGUCAUACUCUGAAGAUUUUGAAGUGUCUUCAUUCAAGAAAGAGAUUUCAGCUGAACUGGACAAAGGUGAUUUUGAGGUGUCAUCUUUGUUGUCACUCAGGAAAGACUCUCAGUCUUGCAGAGAUAAGUCACAGCCAACGGAGAGCUUUAGAAGUAGAGCCACUAGCUUGGGCAGUGACGAUGACAUCAGUGAGUGCCUGAGCGAGAAAAGCCUUUCCAUCCAUAGCAAUGUCCACUCUGAAAGGCUGUUAGAACUCAAGUCCCCUACAGAGCUCAUGAGAAGCAAGGAGCGCAGUGACGUGGAGCACGAGCAGGGAGUCACCGAGUCCCCUUCCUCGCCAGCAGUUCGUGCUGCCGAUGAGUUACUCGAUUUCCACAUUGGUGAUAGGGUGUUGAUUGGCAAUGUUCAGCCAGGAACUCUUCGAUUCAAAGGAGAGACUAGUUUUGCUAAAGGAUUUUGGGCUGGAGUAGAGUUGGACAAACCUGAAGGAAAUAACAGUGGAACAUACGAUGGCAUUGUAUAUUUUGAGUGCAAAGAAAAGCAUGGCAUUUUUGCUCCUCCUCAAAAAAUAUCUCACAUUCCAGAAAACUUUGAUGACUAUGUAGACAUAAAUGAAGAUGAAGAUUGCUAUUCAGAUGAACAAUAUCAAUACUAUAAUCAAGAGCAAAAAGAUACAGAGGGUCCAAAAGAUAGAGAAAAAGAUGCAAUUGAAUAUUUUUAUGAAAAAUCUCCACCUAGUAUGCACAAUAUAGAAGCCUUAGCUGAUAGAGAUAGAAGCCUUAAAAUAGAAAAAGACAAUAUACAGGACAUUUCUGGGGUACUUGAAGCCCAUGUUCACCAGCAAUCUUCAGCGAAUUCACUGAUUUCUUCAAAGGAAAACAAAGACUUUGUUUCUGAUGCCACAGAAAAAGUUUCCAUUGCUGCAGAAGAUGAUACGUUAGACAGUACCUUUUCCGAAGAAUUGAAGAAGCAACAGCAAUUUACAAAAAAGGAAAAGAACCUAUAUUCUGAAGUUUCAGAGAAGCUUUCUACCCCACUUCUGGACCUUUUAUCAAGAGAAAAAACACAAUUGGAAGCCCAGCAGAGGUCAUCACUUAAUGAGGAAAAAAAGUCAAAGCAACAGCUGGAAACAGUCAGCUCACUGACAGACAGUUUACUGAAAGUCUUUGUGAAGGACACAGUCCAUCAGCUACAACAAAUAAGAAAAGCUCGGAAUGAGAAAAUCCAGCUUAGCAAUCAGGAGCUUCUUGACGAUGACCAAAAGAAAGUACCACCCCAGAAUCUCGAGGAACAAUCACCAAGUGUUCAAAGUUGCUUCUUAAGGUCUGAAUUGGAAGAUGAAAAAGAAGAGAUUUCCUCUCCGGAUAUGUGUCCCAGACCUGAGAGCCCGGUAUUUGGUGCCAGUGGGCAAGAAGAGCUUGCUAAGAGACUUGCUGAACUUGAGCUCAGCCGGGAGUUCCUAAGCGCAUUGGGAGAUGAUCAAGACUGGUUUGAUGAAGACUUUGGUUUGAGCUCUUCUCACAAGAUCCAAAAAAAUAAGGCAGAAGAAACAAUUGUACCUCUAAUGGCUGAACCUAAAAGAGAACCCCCACAGCCUUGUGAAACGUUAUUGGCAGUGCCACAUACUGCGGAGGACGUAGCGAUUCUUGUACAUAACGCAGCAGAAGAACUUUGGAAUUGGAAAGAAUUAGGCCAUGAUAUUCAUGGCGUCGGUGUUGCCACAAAACUGCUUGGCUGUGCCAAUGAGGGUCUCGAUCUAGAAAGCACUAGCAAAAGGGUCUACAAACAGGCUGUUUUUGAUUUAACAAAAGAGAUUUUUGAGGAAAUAUUUGCUGAGGAUCCCAACUUAAAUCAACCUGUGUGGAUGAAGCCAUGUAGAAUCAACUCUAGUUAUUUCCGACGAGUGAAAAAUCCAAAUAACCUUGAUGAAAUCAAGAACUUCAUCACAACUGAAGUACUCAAGUUGUUCAGUCUUAAAAAGGAGGCAAACCACAAAACAGAUUGGCAGAAAAUGAUGAAAUUUGGAAGAAAGAAAAGAGACCGAGUGGAUCAUAUCCUGGUUCAAGAGCUCCAUGAAGAGGAGGCACAGUGGGUGAACUAUGAUGAGGAUGAGUUGUGUGUGAAGAUGCAGCUAGCAGAUGGGAUCUUUGAGAGUUUGAUCAAAGAUACUAUUGAUGUUCUGAAUCAAAUCAGUGAAAAACAGGGGAGAAUGCUACUUGUGUGACAUCUUGCAAAUAAAUCCAACACUGAGUGCUAAUAUGAGUCCUGGGCCUUUCUGCCUCACAAUACGCACCCCUCUCCAUCAUAGCAAGCGUGCUUCCAGACCUCACACUUGUUCUUAAAGACUGCUGGUUUGGAGCUCAUGGGACAGUGCAGUGUAUCUGGUAUCACAGCCUUUGCCUUUAGAGAUAUCCACAGGAUUGACUGGUUAUUUUCGGUGGGCAGAGUUGCUCUCCUGAUGCAGAGACACAGUGUAUGCCUACACCUCUUGUUACCACCACUGCUAGGUCUCAGGUGAGGGCGGACCCCAGACUUACCUCUGAGCUUAGACUAGGGUGUCACAUCAUUGAGUCUGAAGUCAGGCAAGAGAGGUAUAUAGAUAAUGCAUCGUAUCAUCUUCAAAAUGUAAUCCGGGUCUGUACCAUGAAAGUCAUAAAUGGACAUUAUAAUCUCUAAACAGUAUUAAACCCUUAACCACUUCUAAAAUAGGCAAGUUUAAUAAUGCCUGCCUCCUUCACAUUCUGGACUUUGUUUCUUUUUGAAGACCAUUUUUUCUUGUUAUUGCAAUUGAGCAGCUCCGAGUGGACUGUGAAGUUAACAGGAAUAAGCAGUAGCUUUGCUUUCUGAGCACCAUCUAAAGAAUUUGAAACUUUCGCAUUAUGUUUAGUUUUCUCUAUGUGGGCAUGAAAACAAAGAAAUGCCCCUACUGAAGACUGGGCUCAAAGGACUGAUGCAGGGCUGGUUCUUCCACCCCUCGGUUUACCCCUGCACUUCUUACUCGUUCUGAACCUCUACCAGCUGCUCCCAGAAUCACAGAUACUCAGGACCAUCUCAGGCAUCCAGGCAUGGCAAAAGUGGAAAUAACUCAUUUUGGCCUUCAAACCUUCAACUUCCAUCUCUCCCCAGGAAGUCAGAGACGCUGUUACUUGAAUGAUUUAGGAAAUGAGUGUGUGCACCAAAGACAAAAAGAUACCGUCUAUUGUUUGUGUGCUUGUUUUGUGCUAUGGAACAUUUUUUAAUUUAUUUUAAGAUAAAUUAUUAAGUUGAAAAUGUGUGUCCCUAUUCAGAAAUGAAAGAUUCUUCUUGUAGUAGUUAAACCUCCGUCUUGAUGCUUCUAUGGUUCAUAGUCUUUGCACAGGAAACCUACAGUUUUAACAAACCCAAACGCAUAUCGAAGAAGUCAGUUUAAUUCAGCGAAAAGAAGGUGGGCUUUUCCAAGAUCACCUGCAGUAGCAGAAACGGGAUAAAAUUAUUUAAAGACACCGUAAAAUUUAAUUCGCCUCUCUUGCAGCGUUGUUUCUCACAACUAUUACCUGUAUCUGAAAAAAUCAGUGGACUCCAGCUGCUACAUUAGAGCAUACGAAGUGCUCUCCUGGGACCUCAGGACCCUGCCUUCGCGACUGGUUUCUCUUAAUCAGUCCUGUCCUUCUUUGAGGAAUCCAGAAGAAUGUGGAUAAUCUUAGGCGUGAAUGUAAAUGCCUUAAUAUUGAAGGUCCUGCUUAGAAGCAUGAAUAAGAUAUCCACUGGAUGCAUAUUUACAAAUAUCUUGGUAUGUUAUAGCUUCAAAACAUGUCAGAAAAACCCCAAAGAUGGUAUAACCUUUAAAUGUGCACAUUUAUUCAUUUCUGCAUCUUUCCUCCAAAUUUGCCUUUGCAUCUUAAAUGUCUCACUAUGCACACUUCCAUUCCUCUUUGGUUUCAUCUUGUCAUUAUAAGAAAGUUAGUGAAAUAAUCAUUGGAAUAUUUGCAUUUUGCACAAUGACUGGUAUGAUAGCUCUUGACAAAAAAGGAAAGCACUGAAAUGUGACUGAGUCUUGGGAAAUGCUCAGACUGAUGUGUUACCGGCAUUUCUUCUGGGCUUUUGAUGUUGAGCUGUAGUCUUGUAGCCAUAAUGAGCAAAUUGACUAAGAAAAGCAAAGGUUUCUUGGGGUUAUUAACCAGUAGUGUGAAAAUAUUGUUUUCAUGUGGCCAGGGAAAAGCGAAGGCUUUUCUUUUCAGUUUGUGUUAUGUGGAAGACAGAAAAACAUCUUGUCUACAUCCUUUGGCUGUUUGUAGGAUCAUAUUGUCCUUACGAUACUAAAACUCUACAGCUGCUGUAACUUUUUUAUAAAUGAAUCUCAAAAUGUUAUAGGAAUAUAGGUUUUUGUUUUUUUUUUACAUCUUCAUUAUUUGGACCUAAAAUCAAUUUUUAAUAGAAGUUUAUCUUUACUCUUCAUGACAUUAUGAUUCCAGAAAAGGAAAAAAAAAAUGACGUAAGUCUAGCGUUCCCUGGUAAGAAAUGCUGCCAAGAAUGUGGCGGUAGCUGCCCUAACAUACUCCAGCUGUCGUUACUACCUUCAGAACCCUGGGUUCCAGAUGACAGGCAGAAAUAGGUCAGUCUUACUCUUUGCGAGAAAUAAUUGCAGUUUGGUAGCAA